AUGAAUCGAGACUUUGUGUAUAAUCAUGAAGACGACAGGCCGAGUGCAUGGUCGCGGGCUGGUAGCACCCUGAACAGAUGGCUGUGGGGCGCGCUCUGCUGCGGACUGCCAGGAGUACCUUGCUUCUUCUGCACCUGCUGUGAAAGACUCGAUGACGUCACUGACCACGAACGGCCUAGAGUUAACCAAUCAACGGCUACAGCUGAACGCAUCAGCAGACCGCACAGGCCGCACGCUCCUAGAGGACGCAAAUCAACGCCAGAGAUGUUGUCAGCUGUUCGCUGCGCCCUCAGUCAGCUGCAAGGGGAGCCGGCGCCGCCGCUGCCAUCCUGCAAGACCGCCGCCAGCCCACUCUCGCCCACUCCUGAACCCGGCUGA